AUGGCGCCUCAACCUCACAUCAAGCUGUACACGGACUCGACUCCCAACGGAAUCAAGAUCACCACCGCACUCGAGGAGCUCAGGCUCCCUUACGAAGUAGAGCACGUUGACAUCAGCACUCUUCGCCAAAAAGAGCCGUGGUAUCUCGAGAUCAACCCCAAUGGGCGCAUUCCUGCCGUCGUGGACACUUUCGACGACGGCCAGCCGAUCAGAGUCUUUGAGGGAGGCAGCAUCUUGCAGUAUCUGACUGAGCGUUACGACCCUGAGCACAAGCUCUCGUUUCCCAAGGGUAGCAGAGACUACUAUGAGUGCAACAACUGGCUCUUCUUCCAGCACGGAGGUAUUGGCCCCAUGCAAGGCCAAGCAUCUCACUUCCUCCGCUAUGCUCCCACCAAAAUCCAGUACGGCAUAGACCGCUACGUCACCGAAACAAAGCGCCUCUAUAAUGUCCUCGAUGUCCAACUCUCCAAGUCCAAGUCCGGAUUCCUGGUCGGAGACCACAUCUCAAUCGCAGACAUCGCCGCCCUGUCCUGGGUCAUCUUUGGUCCCUAUGUGGAUGUCCCGCUGGAAUUGUUCCCCAACCUGCAGAAGUGGGAGGCCAUGCUGAGUGCGAGGCCCGCCAUUGCUAGGGGGUUCCAUAUCCCCAAGACGUUGGGCAUCAAGAGCGAUGAUCCAGAGGGCGCGGCGAACUACCAGAAGCGUCAUACGGAUUGGAUAUACAAGGCGAUGCAGGCUGAGAAAGAGGGCUUUGAGAAGAAUUGA